AGUUUGGCGGAGAUCUCGCGAGAGGUGUGGGGCUGGCCGGUGCGCAUGUGGUGCUCCGUGACACUGCUGAGGGGAGAGAGCGGGGGACUUGCGCCUCUUCUUCGUCUUCCUCCUCCUGCCUCCCCUUUGCUCCCUUCCUCCGCUCCGCUCCCCUCCGGCUCUCACGGGGAGUGGGAGAGCUGUCCCGGAGGGCAGCUGUCAGGCUGAGGGGCAGUUCGGGGUAGUUUUGCCCCCUCCCGGCCGCCAUUUUGCUCGCCCCGUUCCCCCCCCCCAGCGCUGAACGCCCGAGCUCUGUGAGGGCUGAGCCGCUGCCUCCCCUCAGCCACGGGCAGCCAGAGCAGAGAUGGGGAAGGCGGCGAAGUGGAAGAGAAAGGUGUCAGGGCCCUCCACAGCCAAGGGCCCCGUGAAGUCGGCGGUGGCCGUGGUCAAGAGUAACCCCUUCGAGGUGAAGGUCAACAGGCAGAAGUGUGACAUCUUGGGGAGGAAGACCAAGAAUGAUGUGGGGCUGCCUGGUGUCUCACGGUCCAAGGCCAUCAAGAAGCGCACCCACACAUUGCUGAAAGAGUAUAAAGAAAGGGGAAAGUCAAAUGUGUUUAAAGAUAAACGUUUUGGUGAAUAUAACACCAAUAUAACACCAGAGGAAAAGAUGAUCAGACGAUUCGCUUUGGAAAGACAGCAAAAUUAUGGAAAGAAGAAUAUCUAUAAUCUUAACGAAGAUGAAGAAUUGACUCACUAUGGCCAAUCUUUGGCAGAAAUUGAGAAACUAAAUGACAUUGUCGACAGUGACAGUGACACAGAAGAAAGAGGAACACUGUCAGCUGAAUUAACUGCUGCUCACUUUGGAGGAGGUGGAGGCCUCCUUCGUAAAAUAUCAAGUGGGCAGGAAGAUGAAGAGGAGGAAAAACCUAAAUCUAGGAAAGAACUCAUAGAAGAGAUGAGCAAAUCUAAACAAGAAAAGCAAGAGAGGCAAACUCGGAGAGAAAGUACAUUAGAACUCACAGAAACUGACAAUGACUGGAAGGAAAUCCAAACCCUUAUGGCCCGCAAACCCCCAAAGUCAGAGAGAAAGGACAAAGAAGUAGAAAAACCCAAGCCUGAUGAAUACGAUAUGAUUGUUCGAGAACUUGGAUUUGAGAUGAAAGCAAAGCCUUCAGAAAGGAUGAAGACAGAAGAAGAAUUGGCAAAAGAGGAGCAGGCACGGCUCCAGAAGCUCGAGGCAGAUCGACUGCGUCGGAUGCGUGGAACAGAUGAACAGGCAGAUAAGAAGAAACCCAGCCACGUGUCAGCUGAUGAUCUGGCCGAUGGCUUUAUCCUGGAUAAAGAUGACAGACGGUUACUGUCUUACAAGGAUGGAAAAAUUAAUAUUGAAAAUGAGGAGGAAGAAAAAGAGGAGGAGGAAGAAGAUGAGGAAGGUGGGGAAGAAGAAAAUGAGAAUGAAGAAGAAAGUGAAGAUCAAUCUGCUAGUGAAGAUGAGGAUGAUGCUGCAGAUAGCCACUCUGAUCUAGACUCUGACCUUGAGAGUGAAGAAGAAGCUGCAGGGAAUAAAGAAGAGAAACACAAGACAAAUGAAAAUGAAUCACAGACUGUGGGACUAGAUCCAAAAAGGGAAGCUGCAAAAUCAGAGCUGCCCUAUACUUUCACUGUUCCUGAGUCCUACGAGACAUUUAAGUCUUUAUUGGCUGGAAGAACAAUAGAACAACAGCUUAUUAUACUGGAGAGAAUUCAGAAAUGCAAUCAUCCAAGCCUUGCAGUGGGAAACAAAGCCAAGUUGGAAAAAUUGUUCGGCUUCCUUUUGGAAUAUAUUGGAGAGUUGGCAACUCUGGAUUUACCAGAGCUCAGGACAAUUGACAAACUGGUCCUGCCAUUGUACAAUCUUUGCCAGAUGUUUCCUGAGGCAGCCAGUGACAGUGUUAAGUUUAUCCUUCGAGACGCUGCUCAUGAUAUGGAAGAAGUGAUUGAAGUCAAAGGCCGUGCAACAUUCCCAGGUUUAGACACGCUUAUUUAUUUGAAAAUUACAUCUCUGCUGUUUCCAACUUCCGACUUCUGGCAUCCAGUUGUAACACCUGCUUUUAUCUACAUGAGUCAGCUCCUUACUAAGUGUCGCAUUACAACAUUGCAAGAUGUUAUUAAAGGGUUAUUUAUAUGCUGUUUGUUCCUGGAAUAUGUAUCGCUCUCCAGAAGAUUUGUACCAGAACUCAUCAAUUUCCUUCUUGGAGUACUUCACAUAUCUCUACCCAAAAAACAGGCCCAGGGCUAUACUGUAGUGCACCCAUUUACACCGGUGGGGAAAAAUUUAGAAUUGCUUUUGGUGUGUGAUAAGGAGGAUCUGGAAAGUUGGCAGAAGCAAAAUCUGCCAUUGGGUAUUGUGACUAGAUUAGAGGAAACCAGCAAAACAGAAAUGAAUCAUAUCAGGUUAUCAUGUCUAGCCCUGUGUUUUGACCUUAUUAAAAAAUGCGCAGCUCUCUAUGAGUCUUUACCAUCAUUCCAUGAAAUAAUGCAUCCUGUCAGAGUUCUCCUUACACAACAUGUGCCAGUGAAUGAAUAUCCUGAAAAAAUGCAGGAAUGGUAUCACAGUGCUCUGAAAGAGCUGGAGACCAAAGUAAAACACUAUACCCCACUGAUAUGUGAGAAAAAGAAGCCAGUACCAUUGAAACAGUAUACACCUAAAAUUGUGAAAGUCUUAGAGUUUGGAAGAAAGCAGGCAAGCAGCAAGAAGGAGCAAGAAAGAAAGCAGUUGAUUCAGAGGCAUAAACGUGAACUUAAAGGAGCCAUUCGUGAGAUUCGGAAGGAUAACCAGUUUCUGGCCAGAAUGCAACUUUCAGAAAUCAUGGAGAGAGAUUCAGCCAGAAAAAGAAAAGUGAAAGAGCUUCUUGGUAGCCUUGCUACACAGGAAGGUGAAUGGAAAGCAAUGAAAAGGAAAAAAUGGAAGAAUUAAAUGGGACUGUAUACAGCAGAAAAGUUUGGGUUUACAGUCAUAGAAAAAGCCAAUCCUAUGGCUUUUGUAUAUUUUAAUUGCAUUCUUUGGAUGCAUUCCUUUUGAGGAGACAACAUCAUCAGAUCUGUCUGAAAAAGUGAACCUGCUUAUUGGGAAAAUCCACAGCUUUUCAUAAGGAAAAUAAAAAUAACACUUUUGUAUGUGG